CCCACCUGCAGCUCUGUGGACCGUACGAGACCACCCUCGCUUCUCUCGCGCUCUCAAUAUCUCUACCUCUUGCUCGCACAACAUUCGCCGGUCGUCGACACUUCCACCGGCCGCCCUCUGUCCGCCGUCUGAUUCUCCGGCGCCCCCAAGUUUCACCGCACAUCGAACUGCAUAGAGCAACGCCUGUUCAGUUUUCUAUCAGAAUUGGAAAAAUGAGGCUGUGUUUGGCUUCUUCUUCUUCUUCUUUGGUUGUUGAGAAAGGGGACUAGAGAGGAGGUAUUCACUGACCAUAUCAGGCUUUUUGAAUUACUCAAGAAUUUCAGACUUUCACUCGCGUGAAGAUUCAGUGGAUAUUCUGUUAUGGGUGCUGUGGAGAACGCUGUAAUUGAUGGAGAAUGUUGUCUCCCAGUAGAAGCGAGGAAAAUUAUACAUUCAUUGACUUCAAAAUGGGCAGAUGUGGUUGAUCCAAAUGACUUGCAGGUGAUCCCACUUAUGGGUGCAAUGACCAAUGAGGUCUAUGAAAUCAAGUUGCCUGCAAAGUCAGAAGACCACCCACAAAAAGUUAUUGUUAGGAUUUAUGGUGAGGGUGUUGAAGUUUUCUUUGACCGAAGUGAUGAGAUUCGGACUUUUGAGUUCAUGUCAAAGUAUGGGCAGGGACCUCGUCUGCUUGGCCGGUUUUCAAAUGGAAGAAUUGAAGAGUUCAUUCAUGCACGGACACUUUCAGCAUCUGAUCUGCACGAUCCUGAUAUAUCUGCUCUAAUAGCAGUCAAAAUGAAGGAGUUCCAUGAACUUGAUUUUCCUGGUGCAAAGAAUGUCUUCCUCUGGAACAGAUUGCGAAAUUGGCUUAAUGCGGCCAAAAGUAUGUCUUCUCCAGAAGAAGCUAAUGCCUUUCGUUUGGAUGCCAUUGAGGAGGAAAUAUUUUUAUUGGAAAAGGAGCUCUCAAGAGAUCAUCAACAUAUAGGAUUUUGCCACAACGAUUUGCAAUACGGCAACAUAAUGAUGGAUGAAAAGACCAGGUCUAUAACCAUUAUAGAUUAUGAGUAUGCAAGUUACAAUCCUGUUGCAUAUGAUAUUGCAAAUCACUUCUGCGAAUGGGCAGCUGAUUAUCAUACAGAGACACCUCAUAUUUUGGACUAUAAUAAAUAUCCCAGUUUGGAGGAGCGCCGAAGGUAUCUGCAUGCAUAUCUGAGUCAUUCAGGUGAUUUGCCUAGUGACCUUGAUCUGGAGCUGUUGAUUCAAAAUAUUGAGAAGUAUACUCUUGUUAGCCAUCUGCAUUGGAGCUUAUGGGGCAUAAUGUCGGAACAUGUAAAUGAAAUUGACUUUGACUACAAGGAGUAUGCAAGGCAGAGGUUUGAACAGUACUGGUUAAGAAAGCCUGCACUGUUGGAUUCAUACAGAGUUUCUUCUGAUGAUGUGGAUAAUGGAAGCCCUACUUCAAGUUGCUUUCUGUUACUUACAGCGUGUGCGAGUAAGAAGGCUUAGGGAGCUGUUAAACAUGACCGUUCAUGAAGGUUACAAUAAUACAUACUGUAAACUUGACCAGGACGAUAAGCAUUGCUAUACUUCAUACACUUCGAUCCCAGUACACGGAAUAGAAGACAAAGGGUAUCAGCAACUCUGGUGGCAUUACCAAGUAGGUUGAUAUUCCUCGUACACUACUCACUGCUGCAGAUAAGGGUGGACGAAAAGAAUUCUGUAAAGAUGUCAUGAAGGAGGUGGUGACCCAAUGUUAGUGUUUGUGAAUUAUGAUUGUAAUUUCUGGCUGCGAUCUUUCUAGUUUUUAGGAUUGCUGCAACUCGAUUGUAAUUUCUUUACCAUUUGAAAGUGACAAGAUAUUUAAAUAUAUUAUAUAUAUGUAUGUUAGAAUGUCAAUUCAAAAUCUCAUACGUAGUUUAUAUCUAAUAAAUAUUUUGUGGUUCCUCA